UCUCCUAAGAACAUUCUUAUGAUAAAGUUUUCUACGGGAGAACCGACAACAUGCAUCACUUAAAUAACUACCGCAUAAGGUGGAUUGGACUUUGGCUGCAAGUUACGUUAACUUUGAGUGGGUUAUCCGCACUUAUAAACCAAGACUCAUGGCCAACAAUUACCUGUCAAAUAAGGAAAAACAGCAGAGAGGCAGAUGAAACACAAAUGAAACCCAUGCUUUACAGUUCAAGAAGGAACACCACUAACUUGCGAUGUUAUUGGAGUUCCCAAUAUGUUUAUAAAGCUGCAGUGACUGUGGAAGUCAAUUUAUUUGAUUCGGUAAAACUUGAAGUAGUGCAUAAUACAAGUGAAUCUGUGUCUUCCGUCUGGAAGCUGAGAAAUAAUAAUUCACAAUCCCAUGUGAAACGUACCACAGAGGAUAGAGGAAUUAGUUUUCUAGAUCUAACGACGGUUACGGAAAAGCACGCUGGAGAAUAUGAACUCUCAAUCAGUAAUGGAAAAAACAACUACUCCAUACAAUUUGCCGUGAAAAUAAAAAGUAAACCAAGAAAGCCCUAUUUUAAAGAAUAUAGAAAAAAUGUGAGCUGUAUGUCUGAAAGCUAUCCUGCACCUUCAGUUGUUUGGAAAUUCUGCGAAAAACCUGAUGAUAUAAGGUGUGUAGAAACCAAUGGCAAAAUUACUAACAGCAGCACAGACAGUUACGGAGUAAAAAGGGUCACGAACAGUAUUGAAGCUCGCUAUCUUCUAGGCGAACAUACCUGGUGUUGUGCCAGUAACAGUGUCGGCGAGGAAUGCACUGAGGUUUACACUAUAGAUCUUGGAUCAAACAAACAUGCGCCUGAAAUAUUACUGAAAAUUGGAGAGCCUAUUGUCAUGCGAUGUCGAGCUGUUUAUGAUACGUAUAAGUUUCAAGUGAUGUGGGAAUUUAAAAAUGAAGUACAAUGCUUUGAGGAAAACAUGCAUAUUGGUCAUAAUUCUACGGUUAGAGUAUCAUUCAUGUCUUCUCAGUCGGUGAGAAGUGAGGAAAGUGGAACAUACACGUGUGUCUCAACAUUUUCCCGCAAUUCUGCAAUAGUUACAGUCCUAGAUAAUGGAUUUAUUGAUAUGAACACAUCACAAGAAAAAUAUGACGUUAACAUAAACAAUGAACAAUUUUGUUUGGUUGCAUCAUUUGAAGCGUGGCCUGCAGUGCGUUGCGCAUGGAGUCAUGGCUUGCAUGUCUUUCCAUGUAACCUCACGACUGGAAAUGGCGUAAGCAUAUCUAAAUAUUGUGAUCACAAACACAUACCGGGAAACUAUACAUUCUACAUAGAAAAUGACGAAAUGCGCCUAAACAAAACCUUUACGUUGAAUAUUCUGCAAAAGCCUGAGGUUUAUGCAACGGUGAUGGGAGAUGAUAUCACUUGUGUUGCCUACGGUUACCCUGUUCCAAUUUGGAUCUGGAAAAGAGCUACUGAUAGCGAUCUCAAUUGCACAGAACAUAUCUUACAUGGAAUAACAUAUGGGCCAAUAAUAAGAACAUCUCACUUAUGGGAAGUCAGAAGCAGUCUGGACACUAAGAAUCAUACCCAGUCAUUACAUAUCUGCUGCUGUGCCAACAACUCUGCUGGGAUAUCUUGUGAAACUACAUAUUUCAAAAGUCUUGAGGUGAAAUCUUUCCAAAUGGAUGAAAAUAAGUUUAUUUUGCCUCUAUCAGUUGGCAGUUUUCUUGUCAUUUUCAUCAUCGUGGUUUUCAAGAAGUGCCAAAAGCAACACAAGUAUGAAAGAAAGCUACAAAUGAUACAAUUUGUUGGACCUUCCGAUAAUGAAUACAUUUACAUUGAUUUCAGUGUGUUGGAAUAUGAUUUAAAAUGGGAGUUUCCAAGAGAAAAUCUGGAGUUUGGAGAUGUUAUUGGAUCUGGAGCCUUUGGAAAAGUGGUCACUGCUACAGCGUAUGGCAUCACCAAACCAGGUGUCUCCCUUCAGGUGGCUGUAAAAAUGCUGAAAGAAAGCUAUGAUGUGUCAGAAAAAGAGGCCCUUCUGUCAGAACUGAAGAUGAUGACUCAGAUUGGACACCACAAAAAUAUUGUGAAUUUACUUGGGGCAUGCACUGUCUCAGGACCUAUUUACUUAAUCUUCGAAUACUGCUGCCAUGGCGAUCUUCUCAACUAUCUGAAGACCAACAGAGAAACAUUUCACAAAACAUGGUCAGAUGUUUUCAAGGACAAUAACUUCACAUUUUAUCAUAAUUUCAACCAGGAUGAUACAUUGAGUGGAGGAAAAGGACAUUUCGUAAGAAACGGCUCCUAUGUGUCAAAAAGCAGUGCACCAGACUCCGUAAAAUACCAACAAACUUGGGAAGUUGAGCUGUCUACAGGAAACAAUCACAUGACACAAAAUGAUGAUGAAUUUAAAUAUGGAAACUCAGAAUGGUUUGAAGAUGACGAAUUGAAUGUUCUUACGUUCGAGGAUCUCCUCCAUUUUUCAUAUCAAGUUGCAAAAGGAAUGGAAUUUCUUGAAUCAAAAAUGUGUAUUCACAGAGACCUGGCCGCCAGGAAUAUUCUCGUAACGAAUGGAAAAUUGGCAAAAAUAUGUGACUUUGGACUCGCUCGAGAUGUGAUGAAUGACCCAAACUAUGUGGUCAAGGGAAAUGCUCGGUUACCUGUAAAAUGGAUGGCUCCAGAAAGCAUAUUUGAAGGAAUAUACACCAUUAAAAGCGAUGUGUGGUCCUACGGCAUAUUACUGUGGGAGAUAUUUUCUCUUGGCAUCAACCCAUAUCCAGGUAUCCCAGUAAAUGCCAACUUUUACAAGCUCUUGCAGAGUGGAUUUAAAAUGGACCAACCCUUCUACUGCACCGAUGAAAUAUAUUUCCUGAUGCAAUCCUGCUGGGCUUUUGAUUCUAAGAAAAGACCAUUUUUCCCACAGCUUGUUUCCUUUCUAGGAUAUCAGAUCUCGAAUACAGAAGCCAUGGUUUAUCAAAAUCUGGAUAAAAGCAGAGAAAGCAUUAUUCAGAAGAGAAACAGCUCAAACAAAGUCACCUCCGGUGUUUCAGAAGAAGGCUCAACUCUUAUUUAGCGAGGAACGCGGAACCUGCUUUUGUGAUUUUAAUUAUGUAAUUAUGUCUGAGAUUCCUUGUUCCUGGUUAGAUGAACUGACAGAUGCUGGUUCUUCGUUAUUAUUUUACAGUUGAAAAUAGAAUUGACCAUGUAUGGAUUAUCCAUGGUUAUUGUCUGGCUCAGCUUUUAGCAUAUAUAUUGUCAAUAUUGAAACAUUGUAGUGCCAGAUGUUUGUGCAACUCAUUGCUAUUCCUCAAGUGUGUCACAUGCUUGACACCCACAUUAUUAAAGGGACACACUAGACACCAUAACCAGGUUCAUUUAAGUUU